AGGAGAGGUCCGAGGGAAGUAGAAGAAGUGACUCACCCGCGCAAUUUUGAAGUCUGUUGUAAGAAGUUUCUGUUUUACCUGAGGAUAUCAAAUCGAUGUCGCUAGUGGAGAUUAAAACAUGAGUACAAAAGGAAAAGGUAGCGGAGAUACUACGCUGCCUCUUAACGGGAACAGCGGAGAUGGUGAUGCCAUUAAGGUGUUUGUCCGCAUACGCCCUUUGACCGAGGGCACGGGGCUGACCACAGAUGGUGACCAGAAUUUGUGUUUAACCGUGACAUCCGACAACACCAUCCGUCUACACUCAAAGCCUGAGCCACGUACCUUCACUUAUGACCAUGUUGCAGACAUGGACACCACACAGGAGGCUGUGUUCUCCAAUGUGGCCAAAAACAUUGUGGAGUCCUGCAUUAAUGGCUACAAUGGUACCAUAUUUGCCUAUGGGCAGACAGGGUCUGGGAAAACCUUCACAAUGCUUGGUCCAUCUGAAUGUGACAGCUUCUCAGAUGACCUGAGGGGUGUGAUACCACGUAGCUUUGAGUAUCUGUUCUUCCUCAUUAACAGAGAAGUGGAAAAGUCAGGGAACUUGAAAAGUUUCCUGUGCAAGUGCUCUUUCAUUGAGAUCUACAACGAGCAGAUCUAUGACCUGCUGGACAGCGCGUCAGCCAGCCUCUUCCUCAGGGAGAACAUCAAGAAAGGCGUCUUCGUGGAGGGAGCCGUGGAGAAAUUUGUCACCUCUGCCGCAGAGGCCUAUCAGGUGCUGUCCAUGGGAUGGCGUAACCGCCGCGUGGCCUCGACCUCCAUGAACCGCGAAUCGUCUCGCUCUCACGCCGUCUUCACCAUGACUCUGGAGUCCAAGGAGACCGACAGGGAGGUGGUCAACAUCCGGUCAUCGCAGCUCAACCUGGUGGACCUGGCCGGGUCAGAGAGACAGAAAGACACGCACUCUGAAGGCUCCCGCCUAAAGGAAGCGAGCAGCAUCAACCGCUCUCUGAUGUGUUUGGGUCAGGUGAUCAUGGCACUGGUGGAUGUGUCCAAUGGGAAGACCCGACACAUCUGCUACCGUGACUCCAAGCUUACCUUUCUGCUUAAGGAUUCUUUAGGCGGGAAUGCAAAGACGUACAUCAUCGCUAAUGUGCAUCCUGGCUCCAAGUGCUUUGGCGAGACGUGGUCCACAUUACAGUUUGCCCAGAGGGCCAAACUGAUCAAGAACAAGGCCAUGAUUAACGAGGACACGCAGGGGAAUGUGCGACAGCUGCAGGCUGAGGUAAAGAAGCUGAAGGAGCAGUUGGCCCAAUCGCUGCUCUCUCACAGACACCAGGCCGUGGACAGUGCCCCAGGAGGACCCCAACUCUAUAUCGGCUCCCCGGAUGCCCAGGAGAGGCUGUCUUUCAGGGACCAGUUCAAGGUCGCCGUGAUCCUGUGGAAGAAAUGUGAGGACGAGAAGAAGGUGCUGCAGCAGAAGCUGGGCAAGCUGGAGGAGGCCUGGGCCCAGAAGGAGAAGUUCGUCCAGUCCAACCGCAUGAUCAUGAAGUUCCGCGAAGACCACAUCGCUCGGCUGGAGCAGAAGCUGAAGGGCACGCCAGUCUCGGAGCAGCAGAGCCAGAGCCAACUGCAGCAGCUCCAGCAGGAGAUCAGCGUCCUCCGAGACCAGCUGGAGCACCACCCGCGCAUGAUGCGCUAUGCGGCAGAGAACUUUAGCCUGAGGGAGGAGGUGCGCGCGCUGCGGGCGCUGGACUCGGUGAAGACCGCGCGGGUCGCUGCCGAGCAGUGCACCACCGAGCUGGAAGAGGCCUUUCACAAAGUCGCCGAGUCUGAAAAGCCAAACAGAGACGCCAGUGCUCCCCCCACAUAUUCUACACCAGUCACUGCAGAGACGAUAUCAACGGUUUCCAUGGAGAGGCUGAAGGCCCAGUUUCUGCAGAAGCAGUCCGAGCUGACUGCCACGGUGCAGGCCUUCGAGGAGUACAAACAAGUCACCAAAAAACAGUUAUCAGAGAUGGAGGCAGAGAAGAGGUACUUGGAUAAGUCCAACAAACACCUGGAGAAUAUUCUGGAAGCCACCAAGGCCCACACCAAGCAAGAGGUGUCUCAGCUGAACAAGAUGCAUGCAGAGACACUCAAGAUCCUGACCACCCCAACCAGAACGUAUAACCUGCGUAACCGCCUGGUGCCGCUGUCCAGCCCAGAGCACCUGAACGGCUACGGCGAGCCGCCAGAGACCCCGGAGGGCCUGCAGAACGAGCAGCCCCCUGUGGAGAUGAACGAGCUGGCCUGCGAGGCCCUGACCGAGGAGCUCCGGCUGGUGCAGGAGAAGGCGGUGAAGGUGAAGAACCAGCUGGACGACGAGGAGACCAAGAGCAGGAGGCUCCUGCAGCAGAUCAGCAAGCUGGAGGAGCACAUCGCCACGGCAGCGCAGGAGUCUGGACGCAGGGAAGAGUUGUUUGCUGCAGAGCGCAACUCCUGGACCCAGGAACAGGCCAGCCUUCAGCAGACCAUCACCAGCCUGGAGCAACAGCUCUCAGAGGAGAAAAAAUCUACAGAAAUCCUGAACAGUGAGGUGUCUGACCUGAGGGUGGUGCUGCAGUCCUCGGACAAGGAGCUGGCCUCCGCCCGGGAAGAGCUGAGCCACCGCACAAGCCAGGAGCAGGAGACCUCUCGCUUGUCCAGCGCCCUCAUCAGCACGCAGCUGCAGCUGGAUCAAGUCAAGCUGGAGUUUGAGCAGGUGCUGGAGCAGCAGAGGGCGCUUCAGGACGCGUACGACACGCUGCAGGCGGAGGCCAAGUUUGAGGCUGAUCAGUGCCGGCAGCAGCUGGAGGACCGCAGACAGGAGAGCGCUCGCCAGCGGGCCACCAUCAGCGACUUGGAGGGCUCCUUGCAGUUGGAGAAAGAGCAUGCAUCUGCUCUGGCCUCUCAGCUAAAGGAGAGCAAUGAGAGCACUUCAAAGGAGCUAGUGCAGUCUAUGGAGGAAAAUGUUCUUUUGAGGAAACAGGUGCAGAUGCUGACCACAGAGAACCAGCAGCAGGUGGAGAGCAUUAGGACCCUGGAGCAGAGGGUGGCUACUUCAGAGGCAGCUGUGGCCAGUCUAGAGCAGAAGAUUGACCAAGACAAAGGCGUAGUGCUGGACCUGAUCAAUCAGACCAGAGAUCUGCGCAGUGAACUGGGAGAGAAGGAGCAGAACAUCACCCUGCUGACUGGGGACCUGAAGGACAUCUCGGUGAAGUACGGCAUGGCGUGCUCGGAGCGAGACGAGCUGCACGAGCGUGUUGGCCAGGUGCAGACGGAGACGGAACAGCUUCGGGAGGCCUCGGAGCGACGGGUGGCAUCGGAGCUCAUAGAGACGGAGAUGCUGCAGGACAGCCUGGCUUAUGCCACAGAGGAGGUAGAACGCCUCACCAAGGUCUUUGAUGAGCAGACCACUCUCCUCCAGACCGCCCAGGACCAGAUCGCUGACCGAGAGUCCACCAUCAAAACCCUCCGCGAUCAGCUAAAUGAGCAGACUGAACAGCUGAACAAGGAGAAGACUCUCAUUAGUGAACCUCCACAGCAGACGGACACGCCUAAAGCCCUGCCUCUGACCCCCUUCACCCCGCGUAGUGUGGGUAUGGGGAUGGAGCUGACACAGGUGCUGGAGAGUCAGGAGAGGGAGCUGGAGAACCGACGCUCCUCCAUGGCGACCAUGGAGAUGCUGCUAGCCGAGCUCAACGCCGAGCGCAGUGCCAAAAACGACGAGAUCCAGAGGCUCAAGGCACAACUGACUGAAAAGGAAAUGAUGCAGCUAGAAAUCCAGACCCUGCUGGGCCAGUUUUACUCUACAAAUGGUCACACACUUACAAAAGAUUCCAAGGGUCAGGAGUUGAAAGAUGCUAUCUAUCACUCUGUUCUAAAGGAGCUGCAAGAUCUCAAAAAAGAGAAGAGCUCUCUGGAGCAGAAGUUAAACGAGGCACAAGAAGUUGUGCAGCGUCAUGAGGUCACCCUGUCCCAGUCUCAAACAUGUGUUCAGGAGUUGACUAGUGAACUGAGGAAUCGGUGUCUUGAGCUUCGAGACCUGCACCUCAAGGGCCAGGAGCACGAUCAACUGUUACAGGAACUGGAGGUCCUGAGGAAACAGGUGGAUCACCUGUCCGAGGAGAACGGUAAACUGGUAGGCCACCAGAACCACAGGCAGAAGAUUGAGUACCUGGUCAAACUCAAGAAGGAGAACACCAAAAUGCAGGAGGAAAAUGAAAAGCUCAAAGCAGAACUCGUCAGUGUUAGAGACGCGAGGAUGGAGAAUGGAAGAAAAGUCUGAGUUGCUCAGAGCGUCUUCUCUUGUGCGUCUCCCACACAGGCUGCUGCAUGGAGCAGUAAUGCCUGGAACAGAGGGUACUCACUCAGACACCUGCCUUACAGUACGCUUGGCCUCUAAGAAGCUGUAAUAUUCAAUGCAUCCAAAUGCUGUGAAUUACCUGUAAUUGGGUGCCAUUCAAAAGGCAAAGACAACCCAUCAAAGACUAUCUUAAUAUAACUUUUACAACAUUCUUGAUUUCUGUAAAUUAAUUUUAACCAUUUUCAUCAUAUGAACUUUCUCUCUUCUGUUGAACUUUUGGCAGCAUUUAUUCUAUGAAUUUCUUCGUCCCGUAUGUUUUUAGAUAUUUUUUCCCUUUGUUUUUAAAUCAGGGCAUUUAAUAAAGUGUACAAAGGAAUAUAAUCUCUCAGGAUGUCCCUCACAUUCCACAUUAAAUCGAUUUUAAGGUCAAC